AUGGCUUCAUUGGCUCCGCAUAAGGCCGGGUGGCGUGUUUUGCCGUACGUUAUAAUAAUUAUCUAUUUGAGCUUCGUGUGUUGUACCAAGGCUGAUGGUACAACACGAGUCCAUGGCACGGUUGUGAUUGAUGGCAAAAGAUAUAUAGCCGAGACUGAUGAGAAUUUCGUGUGCGCGACUCUCGACUGGUGGCCGGCUGACAAGUGCGAUUACGGGACUUGUAGCUGGGGCAAUUCCUCUAUCCUCAAUUUGGAUCUCAAGAAUCCAAUCCUCUUCAAUGCCAUAAAAGGGAAUGAAUUAGGAGGACGACCGAUAUUAGGGGUGGCAGUCGGGGCCAAUCCAUACGUGAACGACACAUCUGUCCUUGGAGAUGUGAUAAAAGAGAUUUACAAGGGGUCCCGUGAUAAGCCGCUGGUCAUUGCGCCCGGAGGAAUAUUCGAACCCAACUGGUUCAGUAGCUACAUACCCAAGAUGAAGGGAAUACUGGACGUGAUCACUCACCACACGUACCCUGUCGGCUCAGGGGCCGACACGAACCUCAUGGACAGAAUUCUAAAUGCAACGGCACUUGAUGAAGUAGUUGAAGUAUUCAGUGGCCUCUAUAAGAUUCUCAAGGAAUCUCGAACCUCGACAGUUGCCUGGAUUGGCGAGUCGGGUGGAGUGUACAACAGUGGCCGUGAUGGGAUCACAAACACGUUCCUCUUCAGUUUCUGGUAUUUAGAUAGCCUUGGGAUUGCGUCCAUUUACGACACCAAGGUGUACUGCAGGCAGACAUUGGUCGGUGGUAACUAUGGCUUGCUCGACACCACAACUUUUGUUCCAAAUCCAGAUUACUAUAGCGCACUUCUUUGGCACCGUUUGAUGGGGAAAAGGGUUCUUCGAACAAGAUUUAAAGGGACUAAAAACAUACGUGCUUACACCCAUUGCGCAAAACCAUCCAAAGGAAUCACGGUAUUACUGAUAAACCUUGACGGCAAAACCAAAUUCCAUGUGAAGCUCGACUUCAACACUACUUAUCCGCAUAGCUCGAAAUUGAAUUCAGAGUUUGAUGGUGAAAAACUAUACAGAGAAGAAUACCACUUGAGCCCGAUGGACGGGAACAUACAGAGUCGCACGGUUUUGCUCAACCACAAGGCAUUAAUUGUCGACUCAAACGGCACUAUACCUGCACUUAAGCCCCUUCGAGUAGCUUCUUCAAAGCAUGUCACCGUUCAUCCGCAUACCAUUGUAUUCGUACACAUUGCUAAUGUCUCUGUUCAUGCAUGUAAAUAG